CGCUACACAGAAAAAUUUCCAAUCUCUAUUUGAUUCAAUUGAUUGCUUUGAUCUAAAAUGGGCGAUUCAUGGUUCAGCGGUUCUACCUUCACCCUAUGACGGUUAUUGCAGGUGCUCGUCUGCGGCAUUGAUUCUCGUGAGAGCAGUACAACAUGUGUAUCUGAAACCGGGUUGCGGCCAACUUUUCAUCAGUGUUACCAUCUGUUCACAUCUAUGUGUUGAUAUAAAUGUUGAAAUAACCUUUACAAUAUACCCUGAAAUUCGGGGUACAACGAACCGAAGAUAUGAAGCAUUUGGUACUUAAUUACAAGAAAUCAUGAGUCACAAGGUUGUCUUCUACAAAUGGGCCUGCGACAGCUACGGUGUUAACUAUUACCACAUAAUAUUGAGAUAUAACAUGGCGGGUUGCCGAAGGGGAGAUCUUAAAUGGCCUCCACAGAACCUCGACUUUAACGAAGCCGAUAAACCUAACGUCACCCAAACUCUCCUCAUGAGGGCUGGAGAUGUGGAAUCCAACCCUGGACCGAAAACCAAACAUGUGAGUCAUUCCGGAAAUGAAGAAGAUUUCGAUGACAUCUUGAAGAAAGUUGCGCAUCUAACUGGAGGCAACAUGGAUGUAGAUACUCUUGGCAAGGCUCUUGGUUUUGAUCCGGCCGAUAUUGAGAUGUACAUAGCAACGAACAUCCGUGGUCAGCAUGUGACGUGUGGGGGUACAUUGAAGAUGCUCCGCGAUUGGCGAAAUACCCAGAGAAAGGCAACAGAACGCCCAGCUCUUCUAGAAGCUUUCAGGGAGAUUAAGCGUGAAGAUCUUGCAGAGCUCCUAACCACUCCCGAUGAUCUUCCACAGCAUGACCUAUUGAAGAGUGUUGUGAAAGACAUCAAGAAGUACUACUGCCUCAAUAUGUGUACCAUUCAAGCAGACCCAACCAAUAAUGACGUAAUGUUUGAGUUCGACCGUAUCUACACCGAUCCGACUUUGCGCGAAGAAGAUAGAAAUGACAAAACAAAAAGAAAUUCGCUGCUCUAUUGCAACCUCCUCAAAACAAAAAUCAACGGACAAUCGCCAAAUCGAUUACUAGUACAAGGUGGAGGUGGAGCAGGAAAGACGACAUUCUGCUCCAAGAUAGCUUGGGAUUGGGCGAAUGAUCUUGGCUUCCAGCAGUUCAAGUUAGUUGCUGUGAUUUCCUUUCGCAAGGCCAAGAACAAGACAGUUGGUGAAGUUAUCAAAUCCUACCUACCUGACGACAAUCCGUUUACAGCAGCGCAGAUAGAUGAAUAUAUCCUAUCCAAUCAGGAAGACGUCUUUCUGGUAUUUGAUGGUCUAGACGAACUUUGGGGAAAGUUAUCACACCGUCAUCAAAUCAAUCGGAUCAUUCGCAACCUGCUGUUCAUGUCUGGCACGGUCUUGGUAACAUCACGACAGUGGAGGGCGGAUGAGAUCUGCAGCAGCACUGAACUCAAGAAAGUAUACGCGUUCAUAUACCUAGAAGGGUUCUCAGUCGACAAUGUUGCUGCGUAUAUCACGAAGUUCUUUCACCAAGACGCAGCUCCCUCACAAGAACUGAUUGAUUUCAUCACCAGCAACGAUGUCAUUGCCGAUAACAUGGCACCCUUCCCGAUCUUCUGUGCUAUGUUGUGCAUCAUGUGGAGGGAGUCCAACGGAAAAAGACGAGAAGCAAUGUCUAAGUUGAAGACAUUUUCACAGGUGUUUGAAGAGAUGGUUGACUUUCUGGUAGACCAUUAUGGAUCCAAGGAUGAUUUCCAGACAGGUCCCACUGUGCAGGAGCUCCGUCAGAUGAUUCCCAAUCAUCUAAAAGCGAUUGGCGAAAUUGCCUUUCAGGGGAUUAAAGACAGACGUCUAGAGUUUCCUGAAGACACCUUUCAGAGUUGCAGAGAAUCUAUGGAAAUGGGCUGCAAAGUUGGGGUCCUGACAAGAGAGAAGCAUGCUACCCCGAGAUGUGACAGACGGAACAACCCUCAUUUAGAAAUGUCCAUGGUGCAGUUUCCUCACAAGCUCUUCCAGGAAUUUAUGGCGGCCAAGUAUCUGGCAUCAUUGCAUAGUUCAGAUCACAACAGAUAUGAGAGGAUCAUAGCUGACUUCCUUGCAGAGAAAUUGGAGUUUCGUUAUUUGCUCUAUUUCACGUCUGCUCAAGGGAGUGACCUUGGCCUGGACAUUGUAACGCGUCUCAUUGCCCAAAAGAGGAAUAGCUUCAUGAAUUUGUUUGAAGAAGAUUAUGGAACGGAUUUCAUCAUUGAUGUAGCGUAUGAGAGCCAACAACAAUCAGCUGCCGAGAAAGUGGUGAAUCAAUUAAUGGGAAGCUGGACAACUUUGGUGAUCUCUGACAGUUGGUCAUCACAUACGCUCUCUGGAUUUCUGUUUAUCAGGGACCAUCUGCAUGCAGUGGAUUCCCUUGUCUUGACAAAGGGAUGUGGCCGCAAAGCUUCGCAAGACAUAGCAGAAUUCAUCCUCUCAACGGCAUCACUAAGAACUCUGGUUAUCAGAAAUUUAUUUGGACCCAUGCAUUAUGUCUUCUACUCAAUUCUUGCUGAUAAGGCACAACAAUGUAAGAUUCAAAACCUUACGGUUGAGUCCUUGGACCUACAUGACCAGCCACUGUCAUCGCGUGACCUGGCAGUGUUCAUCUGUCAGAUCCCUUACUUAGAGAGUUUGUCAUUUUUUAACAAUAAGCUACAUGAAGACUUCUUUUCGAAAAGGGCUUCGAUUGUAUCGUCGGCAAAGGUAUAUCAUAAUAAUCCCCUUCGGAGUUCUGGUAAUAAUCAUACCUCUCUGCGUGAGUUCACAGUAGACCCCCGCAUGGUGGUUGCCUUGCAGUCGACGUGUGGUGACAUGUUUGACCGAGUGGAGAAGUUGUCUUUCAGCUUCUUUCAACAUUUCGAGUUUGACUUCCUCCAAAGGGUUCAUGGGUUCCAAGGAGUGACAGAGCUGACCAUCGGUGACGGAUCCAUUCAAGAGCCUUACCCGUCCAUAGGUGAGCCCAGCUCAAUGUUCAAGCACCUCGAGAGGGUUUUCCCUCAACUAGUCAAGCUAACAUUCAGAAUUGACGUGGGCAAUGCAAUCCUCAAACAGGUCUUGGAAUCACUGAGAGAGACUCGAGGCCUUCCAUUGAGCUUCAAGAGCUUCAGAGUUCUGACGAGUUGGGAGUCUAUGGAGAUUGAUGGCUGGGACGAACUGCUUGCCAUCAGAGAUAAAAUCAACAACGAGAACGUCUUCAGAGUUGAGGUGGAGACUUUACAUUAGAGUAAGCCAAUUAUGAUAUACAGUCAUGAAAGCGUUGGCAAACAUUGGCAGAAAGUGGAUUCCAUGUUUUAGCCCAUUAAAAAUAUAAAAGCUCGGACUGGAGUCCAUGGAAAAUGAAAGUUGAAUGAGGAAAUAUGAGCACAGACUCCACAGAGACCUCGAACACCUUGGCCUGUAUUCUGGAAACGAUGUUAUUAUCUUUUAUGGAA